AACAAUUUUCAUUUCUUUCUUUAUAUCCCUUACUACUGAGAUAAUUGUAGGCGCACUCUACAUUGACUAAGUCUUUUUUCAGCAUCCCUAUAUCUUUUCUUUGUCCCUAAUCACUUCAACAGUAUACUCAGCUUUCCCUUCCUUUUCAUCAUCUGUUUGGUUGAGGAAGAGGAAGGGAAACUCCUGCUCCCCAUAGGUGUAGUUACUCACAUGUUGAUCAGCAACCUUGCUUUUUUGUUUUGUUUUCUUUCUUUUUUAAAGAAAAGUAUAUAUGCAGUUUACGACUACUACAGAUAAUUUAGUUUUCUAUGUUCAGGCUAUAUUAGCAAGAAUGUAGUUAUCACAGGAUGGAAAUUGACACUUCUCAUUUACUCAGCAAUUGUGUGAUCAGAGAUGGAGUCCUAUGUCCAGGUUUCACUCCCUGGUACAAGAAAUGCAACGGCAGAUAGGUAGAGGAAGGUCAACGGAAUAGCUAGUGGCUGGAACAAAGACAGCAUCUGAGACAGUCUGGUUUAACUCAGCCUGUAUUAAAAAAGGCUAAGAGGAAAUAUAGUUGCAGUCUUCUCCCAUGUAAAGUUAGUUUAUAGAAAAGACAGAUUCUUCUUCAGAAUUGAAAGGACAAGAAGAAAUGGACUUAAGAUAUAAUAAAAUAAUAAAAUAAAUUCUGAUUUAAGGCAAGAAAAAAAUUUUCACACAACAGAUGGUGAAGCAUGGAAGAAGAUGUCCAGAGCUUAUGUGGACUCUUCAUCCUUGAGAUAUUCAAAACCUGACUGGACAUGCUUUGGAGACAGCCAUACUUUAAAUGAAAUAUUGAAUCAGACAAUGUCAACAGGUUCUUUUCAAUUUAAAUUAAUUCAUGAUUUCAUAACUUAAUUAUUCUUUGUCAGUCAUCUUUACUUAAACUUCACCAAAAGAAGUUUAGAAUUAAACCAAAAUUAGAGUUCACCAAAAGAAUUAAAAAUUAUUUAAUAGGAACUGCAAAGCUGGAGGGAAAAGGUGACUGACAAACAUAUGAGUGAACAAAUAAAAUAAAUUUAUAACAUUCCUUUUCCUACAGGUAUACUUGUCCUACCACAGAAAAGGUAGACAACUAGCAAACACCAUUUCUUGCUGAGUGUUAAUGUGUUCAGUAACAAAACCAGAUUAGGUUUAGCAGAUUUCUUCUGGACCAUACUGAAUGCAGAUGCAGUCUAAUUCUGUAUUAUUACUGCCCAGAUCCCAUUGCAGGCAUACAAUCACACUGUUAUGGUUAUUCCUGUUUGGUGAGAUAUUUCUAGGGAAGAUCUUCACAAUACAAGGAAAUACUUCAGCAACAUUAAAAAUUAACAGGUUGAAGCAUUAAGCAAACUUCAGACAAUGACAUGAUAAUCAGAGAGGUAAGCAUCAUUAAAACAAAUGGACAGGAACCGGUUUGGCUAGCUCAGAAAUCUAUCUGAAAUAUGAGAAUUCACCUAAGCUGUUGUUUGAGAGUGUGAGAACAGGCAGGAGAGAGGAAGACGAACCUAUGCAAAUUUUAUGUAUUAUCUUUUGUUAGAAUGUGACGGAAGCUGUGGAGGAGGAGCAUCACUUCAGGACAGUUUAAAAGCCAGAGGACAGUCUGUCCAUUUGAUAUAAGACUCUCUUCUUCAAGGACAGAGAUGUGGUCAAGGAUUCUUCCGAGUGUUGUCACCUUGAGCUGGAUUGUCGCAGUGUCUUCUGAACUUCAAUAUGUGCUGCUAGUGCCAACCGUGGUGCGAAGCAACUCUCCACAGACUGCUUGUGUGCAGUUUCAGAGUCUCAGUGAGCCUCUGUCUCUAAGUGUUGUUUUGGAAUACAGCAAUAUACAGACAACUCUCUUCGAGGAGUUUGUGACAAAAAAUGAUUAUUUCACGUGCUGUGACUUCAAGGUUCCUCCUGCUACUUCUGAUCCCCUGGCAUUCAUAUCCUUCUCUGCCAAAGGCAACACAGUCAACUUAACUGAGAGAAGAUCAGUGGCGAUUGAGAAUGUGUAUAACACUCUCUUCAUCCAGACAGACAAGCCCAUCUACAAACCAGGGCAAAAAGGUUGCUGGGGAGCUGGAGUCAGCUAGUGAACUAGGAAACUGAGUGCAAGAGUGGGUCUAGAAUAACAAACAGUUCUCUUGUGGAGGAAAAGUCUGCAGACUGCAAUAGCAGUGUUUAGCAUAUCAUGCAUGAUUGUCAUUAGAUAGUGUAUGUUAUCUGACAAUGACCUUAUCAAAAGUCUAUGAAAAAUAGAAUCAAUUCAUCAAACUGCAAGAAAUGAGUAGAGUUCAUUUGUCUGUUCUAAGUUAAUUUCGUUUACAGAAUCUUGAGUUCUGUUGGGUUUACUGAGAUCAGUCAUGUAAAGAAUAUCCUUAAAAAUAUAGAAAAUAAUAGGUUAAGCUCAGAAUUAAUAGAAAUAAAUAAAGCAUAUAGUUUCCUGUCAACAGCUCUCUACGCUUAUCUGCUAAUCUAAUUCAUAAAGCUGAUUUCAUUACCAAAUUUAAAUAACUACUAUCUGUGGUUUGGUUAGUUAUAUCUUUAGUAUAUUCAUGUUUCAGUGCUUCACAAGUUUUACCGCUAGAUAAACACACUUUCUUCCCUGUCUUUCAUUUUUCAUUGAAUUGGUUUGUAAAGAUAGCUUCUGAGGAAAUGCUUCAAAGUACUGAGUCCUUAAAAAUGUUGGUCAAUAUUAAAGACACUUCAGAUAAUAAGCUUGUUUUCUUUUUUUUUUUUUC